AUGCGUAGUUUUUUGGGUGUCACAGCUCACUUUGGAAUUAAUACUGAAAUCCAUUCGAUUACAUUAGGAGUAUAUGAACUUGACAACACACAUACUUCAGAGUAUAUAUCUGAGAAAAUUCUAAAUACAUGUAUGGAGUGGGGAAUCGAGAAAGAAAAAGUAUCCGCAGUGGUACCUGAUAAUGCUGCUAAUAUGGUGAAAGCUAUUGAUAUAGCUUUUACAAAAAGAAAGCACAUUCCCUGCUUUGCUCAUACAUUAAAUUUAGUCGUUCAAACUGUCCUUCAAUAUAAAUACCUGCAGGAGAUUAUAAUGAAAAUGAAGGCCAUUGUCACCUGGUUCAAACAAAGUUGCAUAGCCAGUGACGAACUAAGAAAAGCGACCCCAUCCGAAAAGAAAUUAAUACAAGAUGUGCCAACUAGGUGGAACAGCACCUAUUACAUGAUGGAAAGAUUUUUGAAGCUUCGGAGUUAUAUCAAUGACAUCGUAAUAAGACAUAAAUCUGCACCUUCUAUGCUGAGUGGACUGGAGUUAAGCAUUGUUGCUGCUGUAGUUCCAGUACUGAGACCGUUAGAAGCUGCCACUAGAGAAAUUUCGGCUGAAAAAUUUAGCACAAGCAGCAAAAUAAUACCAUUGUGUAUCAGAGGAUGA